AUGAAGUGUCUACACGGAAAAUCAGCAUCUACUUCAACUACCAGCAACGGAUCUUUUUGGUUUUGUGGACAGAAUCCUUCUUGUCAUUUCUUUUGCUCAGAAGAAGACGGCUAUCGUUUUGAAAAAGCAAUAAUAGCUUGGAAAUCUGCUGGCGCCCAUCAACCACAAUGCCAUGAACAUCAGAAACUUGCAAGAAUGCGAAUAGUUAAAGAUCCAAUGAAAGAAGACUACGGAAGACCAUUUUUCGUCUGUUCUCACCGUGAAAAUCCUUGUUCUUUCUGGCAAUGGGGCGAUGUCGCCGAGACAGUUAGACCAAACUGCCGUCAUGGUUUUCCGUGCUGUAUACGGAAAGUGAAAAAAGAAGGACUUAAUAAAGAUCGUACGUUUUUCUGCUGUCCAAAUGGAAAAGAUAACUCAUGCAGUUAUUUUGAAUGGACUCCCAGUGAAGAAGACAUUCCAGUCUGUCCAUGUUUCGAAGUGAACUUUAGCAUGCCACCCUCGUAUAAUUAUACCAUUAAACGGACAGGAGAGAGAUUUACGAGUCGUUGUGGGGACAGAAUGAAAGCUUUUAAAGAACAUUUGGAAAACAAAUCCAAAGACAAUUUAACAAACGCUUUUGAAAAUAUGAAGUUGUAA